AUACCUGUAGACACACCCGUACAUUUACCAACACGCACACAUGAACUAGUACAAGGGUCAGAUAAGCCCGUAAAUAUCCCGCAGUAUACCUACCGCAGCCAGGAAUACGUCGACUUCCGCCGGAGGACGAAUGUUAACACACACGUGAUGGUGUGCUUCCACCACGCGCGUGGAUUGACCAUGACACUCUCACGCGGCCGUGUGGCUAAGUAA